GUCUCUACUUAAACUUCAAUAGCUUCUAUCCAGUUAGUUACAAAGGAACGCUGGUGAAAAUGAUCUUCUCCAGUGCGAAAAGAGUAUGUUUACCUGAUAAAUUAGAAAGUGAAUUAAGGCUGCUUGAGAAUUGCUUGAAAGAAAAUGGUUAUCCAAAAAGUUUCAUUGACAAAUAUGGGAAGAAUAAACGUAAGAAACCUGAUUAACCAACCUGCUGUCAGUAAGAAGUCAGUUUUCAUCAAACUCGACUUCAGAGGCGAUGAUACUACGAAAAUCAUAAAUAAAAGAAUUAGUGCGGCCCUGUCCAGGACGUAUCCUGCAGCAAAACUAGUGUCUCUGCUUCUUACAUCUUCUUCGAUGGAGCAGUCGAAGAUCAACAAGUACCUCUCGUAUGUUAUCUCCAACUGUAAAUACCAAUUCACAUCUAACAUUGGAAGAGCACAAAAGGCCUACGCCAGAUAAUUCAAACAUAUACCUCGGAGCUUCCGGUUAAGGGGGGUCAAUAAUUUAAACUCUUCAAUUGCCAAACAGCUGAGAGACACAGGACACUGAGGAGACGCAGUGUC